AUGACAGGUAUGCCUCUGAAAAGAAAACAAUCAUCUGGAUGUCAAAAUAGGAAGAACCAAAAAAAGAGAUUGGCAUCUACUAAAUCUCUUGCAGGUUCUUUUGAUAAGUUUUUGAUUAGGAAUAAACCAAUAGUUGGGAACGCCACCAACGAAGAUGAUGCUACAGCUGAUAAGGGUAUGAAUGAGGGGAAUGAGAACGAUGGUAUUGCUGAUAAUGGCAUGAAUGAGGGGAAUGUAAGUGAUGGGGCUGCUGAUAAUGGGAUUGAGGAGGAUAAUGUGAAUGUUGGUGUUGCUAAUAAUGGUGUUAAUGAGGGGAUUAAAGGUGCUGAUGGUGAUAAUAGAGAUAGAAAUGAGGAUGAUGCAAACACAACAGCAGAAAAUAAUGAAGUUGGAAAUUGUGGUGAUAAGUUAACAGAUAGAGACAUGCUUGAUCCAGGUAAUUGGGAAACAAUUGAUAAAAAACUUGUUGAUUUUUUGGUAGAGAAGGGUCCGGUAAGAGUUGACAAUAUCAUAUUCCCUAGAGAUGACAAGAACGAUUGUUUCUCUAGCUAUCAUUACUUUCGGAAAUUGAGCAAUUUUGAGAAACAAGAUAGAAGAUGGUUAGUGUAUUCGAAAACUUUGGAUAAGGUAUUAUGUUUUUGUUGUAAACUGUUCAUGAAAAGGGAAAGUAAUUAUCAGUUGUGCAGUACUGGGUUUAAUGAUUGGAAUAACCUAAGUGGAAGACUCGCAAGUCAUGAAAACUGUGGAGUGCAUCAUCGUUGUAUGUAUGAUUGGCUUGAGUUGGAAUUAAGAUUGAGAAAGGAAAAAACUAUCGACAAAAGAAUACAAGAACAGAUCAACAAAUAUAAAGAAGUAUUGGAGAGGAUGAAGGAUGGAGUGUUGUUUCUAGCGAAGAAUGGUUUAGCAUUUCGUGGCGAUAAUGAGAAAGUUUAUACAAAAAACAAUGGUAACUUCUUAAGCUUCAUAGAGACACUUGGAAAAUAUGAUCCCGUGUUAAAGUAUCAUCUGAAGAGCAUUGAAAAGAAUGAAAUGCGUACUCAUUAUCUCAGCCACAAGAUUCAAAACGAACUGAUUUCAAUGCUUGCCGAUGCAACGAGAAAGCUUAUUGUCAAGAAAAUCCACGAAGCCAAAUACUUUUCAGUUAUUCUUGAUUGUACUCCUGAUGUUUCUCGCAGGGAACAAAUGUCUAUUAUCAUCCGAUGCGUAGAUGUUUCAACAGCAAGAAUCGAAGAGUAUUAUCUUGGGUUUUUGCGAGUGGAAGAUAAAACAUGA